AUGAUCCCAUUCAAGGUGAAGCACUUCGAGGAGGGCUCUUGGACGGAUAAGCGUUCCACCUCCUCUUCCUCAGGAACCGCAACGACAUCUUCUCUGAAGUCCGUUUCGGUGUGCGUUAUUGACCUUGGCAGUGGUCCAUCCUCUGUUGUAGAUAUGGAUAGUUUCUCUGAAGUUCUUCUGGCCUCAUCUCCUUCGUUCGUUUUUGUUCACAAUGCUACACUGGCAGCGAGGCAGCAAAUGAUGCAGUCACUUCACGUUCGUAAAUUAUACUCAAUCACAGAUCUUGUGCGGUACGAACCUCGUGAGGGCCCUGACAGGGGAACUGUCAUUCUUCUGCGUGUUGGUGCAAACUGUGAUACCGCUGAUAAUGCAACAAAAGUGCUGGAGAGCAGUUUGGGUGGUAAUGUUGUUGUACGACUUUUCAUGACAUUACAGAUCCGCUCUUUUGCCGGUGUUUCCUUGACACUUGCUGUUCUGUAUAUUGAUCCUGCUGCCGUAUUGUGGCAACGGGUGAAUGCUGUUACAGAGGCUUUGCCCCAUUUGGGAAAUCCAGACACAAUUGUGCUGUGUUCGAACCUUAUUGUUGGUUGUACGAAAUCCACAAGUUCACACAUGCACGCAAUGUGUACAGGAAAGGGUUUCGUGGACGCUGCUGAAGAAGCUGGUGAGAAACACAGUAACAACAACAAUAACAACAAUAACAAUGGCAGUACACAUGAUUGGUCCUUGUGGGUAAGGGCGUCUAAGCUUUCUGUAACACAUUUUACGCAUGAAUUAUCUCCUUCUGGUGCUAGUGGUACUCUUACAAAGGGACUUCCACCCAUUACUACGGUUACAUUGGGUCCACGUACUGCAACAACCAUUGCAAUUCCGCAGCCGCGCAGUGCAAAGAGCGGAAACCCACGUGGAUCACCAUCAACAACAGCAACAACAACAACAACAACACCGACAAUGAUAACGGAUCCCGCUAUUCUAAGCGCAGAGGCGGCAGGAAAAGUGACUGGUGGGACAACAAAAGGUCCUGGAUCGGCUAUUAUUGAACGACUUCUGCAACAACAACAACAACAACAACAACAACAGCAGCAGCAGCAGCAGCACCAACAAGGCGCCUCACGAUGGCAGAUCUCGCAUUCCUACACUUUGAAGAGCAAUGAAAAGUUAAACAGUCAUGAAUUAGCGUUUGACAUUUCGGCACAUUUUUCGACCCUGUCAGAUGCUGUAGAAGCACUAAAUAAGAAGACUAUAUACUGGCCUGCUGAUUUUUGUGUGGUGCAUGGUGUUGUUCUUGUAAGUGAUAAUAUUGGACAAUGCGAUAGGCGAGUGAUGUUCCGUCGUUAUGCCCGAGAAUACAAGAAUAGUUAUUCCUUGAUAGCACAGAUGUUUUCACAUCAUGGAAAUAACACCACUACUGCUAUGAAUGCUACUACCAAUAAUAAUAAUAACAACAACAACAACAACAACAACAAUUCUUCAAUGACUGCGGCACCAGAGAAAGCGACCUGGUUAAGGCGUGUUGCGGCGCUCUCUGGUCAAGCCAGCGGUGAUGUAAACACGGAGGAUGGUUCUAUAAUUCCCGUUUCCCGUGCACUGCGCCGUGAGGAGGAACUGCGCACACGCACGUGGGACAUUUCGUGGUGUACUAUUGUCUACCAAGUGACACCACGGGAGAUGAAAUUCAACAUAACACCAUUGGUAGGUCAUGGCAGGGAUAACCUCACUGAGGCCAUUCGCUGGCUUAAUAUACGUUCGCAGUCGAACUCUGGGGUAACGGCAGCGCAUGUGAAGGAGAACCCACUACAAAACUACUUGUAUGAUUAUGCUCUUCUGUUUUCGGUAGAAUUGCAGGGAUAUUGGCUUAUUGCGGCUACACAUGUCCCGUGUGACAUUGUAGCGUGUCGAGCAGCGGCAUAG